AUGUAUGAAUGGAACAUUGAUGGUCUUUCUGAGCAAGAAAUUUUUAAUAAGCUACAACACAUGUCCAUGGUUGCUAAUAGUUAUAUCACCAAUCACAGUUUCAGGCAAUCUGAAAUUGUACCCUUGUUAGUUACUGGAUUUACCGGUACUCUCAGGUAUUGGUGGGAUAAGCAUUUAACCCUUGAGUCUAAGAGCCUGAUCAUUCAUGCUGUAAAACUUAAUGAAGACGGUCUCCCUAUAUUUGACGAACAAAUAGGUCAAGGUAUAGAAGACGGAGUCAACACUUUGCUUUACACAAUAAUUGAGCAUUUCAUUGGAACCCCUAGUCAUACCACUGCUAGGAUACAUGAUCAGUUGAGCAAUCUUAGAUGCCCUAAGUUAUCUGAUUUCAGAUGGUAUAAAGAUGUCUUCAUAUCCAGAGUCAUGCUUAGAGAUGAUAGUAACCAGCCAUUCUGGAAAGAAAAAUUUGUUAAUGGUCUUCCAAAUCUAUUUGCCCAUAAAAUACGCACAACCCUAAUCAAUGAGCAAGGUCAUAUAAAUUGGGAUAGUUUAACUUAUGGAAAUAUUGUAAGUACAAUUAAUCAAGUUGGAAUGAAAAUGUGUAUUGAUUUCAAAAUUGGUAAACAAAUACAGUCCGAUAGGAAAUCAGCCAAAUAUGAGUUAGGCAAUUUCUGCGAACAGUAUGGUCUUGCUAGAAUUCCUCCUUCCAGGAAAAAUAAGCCUAGUCAUCUUCGGAAAAAUCGUCAUUAUUCUCGUAGGAAACAAUUCCCCCAACAAAAUGAUGAUCACUACUACGUUUCACUAUUUGCGCGACGAAGACUAACUCGUCGCGCAAACCAUACUUGCGCGACGAAAACAACUAUUCGUCGCGCAAUCCACUGA